CUGUUGCACGGUGAUCCAGCGUCUCUGACGCGCAGAGCUGCGGUGACUGAAAAGUUUCCGUUUGUUCCGGGACGACGUUUAUUUGGCAGGGCUGGAAGUCAGUGAGCUCGCAGAGAGAAGGGAACGAGAGAAAGAGUGUGGGAAAAUCCUGCGCUAUUGAAGCAGGGCUUGACUCUCAAGGAUGGUGCAGAACAUGGAGAUAAACGUGUCCUUCCUGACUGAGUCUGAGCAAGAAUUCAUUCUAGAAGUCCUUCGGCGGGAUGAGGAGCUGCGGCGCUUGGAGGACCUCCGCGUGAAGAAGCUGAAAGCUGAGUUGCUGGAUAUCAGAAGAAAGGGUGCGAAACGUAGCAGUGGGAAAUACAGUGAGCGCAGCUGUGGCCGCUGCCAAGAGCCUAUGGGCCUUCUGACCCGCAACGGUAGCCAGUGCAGAGUAUGCAAACAUCAGGUUUGCAGAAAUUGUCAAUCUGCUCGACCCAAUGGAUCUUGGAUGUGCACAGUAUGCGCCAAAGAGAUAGAUCUGAAGAUGAGCACCGGAGACUGGUUCUUUGACGAGAGGGUUAACCGCUACUCCACAGUUCCUGGACAUGACUUAGUCCGAGUUUCCCUCAGGAAAAGGCCUUUGGGUAAAAAGCAUGAGACAACUGGGGAAAUGCUGUUAAACAGAGCGGAGCUGAAUUCCAGCCAAACCGUACCUAUCCCCAGGCCAAGACUAAAAGACAUCGCACUAGCAAAUAAGAGCUCAUCUCUUGAGACUUAUGAGGCAUUUAAUGUGCAAGAGCAACAACGUAGCGACACAGAAUCAAUAGAAAAAGCCAGUCUGAGCGGCAGCAGUCGUGCUGAGACUGAAUCAUCCCACAGUACCCCCAUAACGCAAAGAAAAGACGAACCGACAGACAAGAGUAGUCCAGCAGGCUCUGCGAUGUCCACCCUAAUGGUCCCCACUAAUAGUGACAGUCCAUCUACCACUGAGACAGCCUCAUUAAUUCACCACAUGAAUGCCUGCUCUGACUCCUUGCGUGACGUGGAUGGACUUUUCAAGAAAAGUGUCAGAAGAGUGCACAAACUAUCAGAUAUUAAACCAGCCUCCACGCUUGAUUUGCGUGAAGAAGGAACAGAAAGUGCUGCACCCUCUAUGGGAGAUAGAAGCCAGUCAGUUCCUGGCCUUAAUGCUGAUGAUGAUGAGGAGGAGGAAGAUAUUGAUAACUUGGUGAAUAUACACAGGCAGAAAUUUGGUGAUAGCUUGGGAAGUCUGGGAGGCUCGAGGGCCACUCUUGGUAGUACCAUGAGUGUGUACAGUGAAGCAGGAGACUAUGACCGUGUGGAAGUGAGUGGAGAUAUUUACUUCUCUCUCAGCUAUGAUGAGCCCAGCCAGAGCCUGUAUAUUGUGGUCCAGGAGUGUAGAGGGCUGGCUUAUGCUGAUGCAGCAAAAAAGAAGUGCAACCCAUAUGUCAAGGCCUACCUCCUCCCAGACAAGAGCAAGAAGAAAACCUCAAUCAAACAUAGCAUCAACCCUAGUUUUAAGGAAACACUGAAGUAUUCCAUCAGCCGCACCCAGCUGAUGACUCGAACACUACAACUCUCAGUUUGGCACUACGACCGUUUUGGCCGCAAUGCAUUUCUCGGUGAAGUGGAGGUACCAAUGGAUAGCCAUGAUAUCGACUCUGCACAUCAAGAGUGUAUGGCUCUUAGAGGAAAGGGAGCUGUCCAGCCAGCAUCUCCAUUCGAUCAGUACAAAGGAGAGCUGGUGAUUUCACUGAAGUAUGUCACAGCAAAUAAAACAGAGGACUUUAAUGGAAAAGGAAAAAAGACCAAACCCAAUGGUGCUGAGCUGCACGUGUUAAUCAAAGAGGCCAAAAAUCUGACCGCCAUGAAAGCUGGAGGUGCAUGUGAUUCCUUUGUGAAAGGUUAUCUGCUGCCAUCAAAGAACAAGUCUUCCUCAAAGAAGAAGACUCCAGUAGUGAAAAAGACGAAGAACCCAAACUACAACCAUACAUUUGUGUACAACGAUCUUAGUCUGCAGCAGCUGAAGGAUGUAUGUCUAGAGCUCACUGUCUGGGACAGAGAGACCCUGUCUAGCAACGACUUUCUGGGAGGAAUUCGCCUCAGCUUGGGAGGAGUGACUAUCAAGGACGGCAAGGAAGAGUGGGUGGCAGACUCCACGGGGGAGGAGAUCUUGCUGUGGAAGAAGAUGAUGCAGUACCCCGACUCUUGGGCAGAGGGCACUCUUCCACUGCGCUCAUCCAUGGGAAAGGGCAAGUAAGGACAUUGUGCAACACCCCCCAAAGCUAUUAUGAGGACAAGGGGUUACACAUUCCACAACAUUUGUGUUGUGUUGCUGUUGCAGCUGUGGAAUAUGUGCAGUAAUAUUUUAAAGACUUUUUAGGUUAAAGCAUCUUUUAUAUUUUUAAACAUUUAAGGCAGUUCACAAAUAAUGACGUGGAAAUGUGCAGCAUGUAUGUGUUAAUUUUAUUUAUUUUCUAUAAAUGUUGCAGCUAAACAGAUUUUUUUCAAAUACAACAUUAUUUGAUUGUUCUUAAAAUUGGAGACAGUAAAUAUUUUAGCUUGAAUAACACUUUGGUUUUAAAUGUAAACUUGAUAUUUGGUUUAAACAAUGUAUUUUAAUGUCAUACUGCUGAUUUACUUCAUUGUGAGCACCUUCUUUUUAGGAGCUACAUGAAAAUACCAGCUUUUAAUAAAUAUUAAAUAUUUUUAAGAAUCCACAAUGUGUGCUGUGCACUCAGUUAUAGAUAGUUAAAAUUAUUUUUCUUCAGAAUAUGUUUAUCUUGGGAACCCCCACCUGGCUUUUUUUUUUUACUUGCAGAUUAAAAC